AUGAACUUAACCCUCAACCCCACCACCGCCAAAGCCGAGGAAACAGAAUCAGAUACACCACCACCGAUCCAACUACCUAAGUCCACAGCAGACCACCAUACUCCCAAGACGUUAUCCAUCCCCAACGGCAUACUCAAGCGCAUACAAAAAAACCACGCCGCAAGCUUAGAUGGCCACACCUUGGAUGGCUGUGGAGAGUUCAUGCCAUCUCCCUCCGCCACCCUCACCGACCCAACUUCCCUCAAAUGCGCCGCUUGUGGAUGCCACCGCAACUUCCAAAGCCGUGAGUCUGAAGUAGCCUCACUCUCCUUCGACCUCUACCAGCACCACUACCACCCCUCACCGCAUCCUUCUAUAGCCGCUCGUGAGCAGAGUCCCAAUUCACCUUCAUCCUCCCCACCACCGCUCUCGUCUUCAUACUACCCAUCUGCACCUCAAAUGUUGCUUGCUUUGAGUACCAGAUUGUCGGGUCCGUUAGAUAACCAUCAAAUAGUUGCAGCAAGGACAAUGAUGACGGCAACCAUGACGAACUCAGAUGGGCAGAAAUGGUUCAGGACGAAAUUCAAUCAGGAGCAGAAGGAGAAGAUGUUUGCUUUCUCGGAGAGGUUGGGUUGGAAGAUGCAGAAGAAGGUGCCAUUGAAUUUUGUUCGGAGACAAUGGCUUGCCCUGCAGAUGGGUUGGUGAAGAAGUUUAUGAUGGAUUCCAUGGUUAAGGGUCCUGCAGAUACAAGCCCAUGCACCAUGCCUCCUUCCUUUGAUCCUCCGGUUAUGCAA